CUCGUCCUUCGCCACAUCUAAGUAUAACCACCCAACUCCCCAAAAAAUAUAACUCAUCUCCUCCUUCCUAAUACUUUUAUUACUCAGCUUUUCACUUUGAAAGGCAAAGAAACAGUUAAAUAGAAACAUUUGUCUCUUGAACUUUACUUCAGAUUAUACUGCCUAGUCUCGGUUUUAGGAAGAAAAGGUAUCAGUUUGUUUUCCAAAAAGACAAGCAGCUUUGAUUUAGGCAUCAUUUGUCUCUUCCCUUCCUUCUACUCUCAAAGGAAAUCAAAGAUAAAACACAAAAACAUCCACCACUUAUUUUCUAUACUGCCCUCUUUCAUUCCCCAUCACAAAAGUCACGGAACCAACAAAUUCUUCCAAGAAAUUUUUUUGCGUGGAGGCUGUGAGGAACUCAGAGAAAGAAUUGUUUGAUCAUGUGAUGACCAUCUCCUUUAAUUUGUGGUUCCAUUUUCAGUAUUAGAAUUGGCAUUGAUCACUGCAAGUCAAUUUUGCAUAACAAGAACCGUCAUAGUUGUUUGAAGCCAAGUAUUAGAAAGGGGCUUUCAGAUUUCAGUUCAUAUGUCCUACUUUUUGCUGCUGUAAUACAAGAAUCGGAUUGGGACAAUGGAAUUUUAUUAUCGUACAGAGCGGCUAAUUCCUAAUACUCAUUCUGUUCCGCCAACUAGCAACGAAAGCAAUUCAUUUCAUGGUUACUCCAAGGAAGCAAGUUUUGACACCAACAUGAUAAUUAUCCUAGCAGCUCUGCUCUGUGCAUUAAUAUGCGCACUUGGUCUAAAUUCAAUUAUCAGGUGUGCUUUCAGAUGUAGCCGCAGAUUUUCUUUCGAGUCAGCAAAUGCGCGAGCUGAACGCUUAGCUGCAACGGGGCUUAAGAAAAGCACGUUGAGGCGAAUUCCGGUGGCUGUUUAUGGAUCAGGAGUUCAUAUUCUGGCCACGGAUUGUCCAAUUUGCCUUGGUGAAUUUAUGGAUGGCGAGAAAGUGAGAGUCUUGCCUAGAUGUCACCAUGGGUUUCAUGUUAGGUGCAUAGACAUUUGGUUGGCUUCACACUCUUCUUGCCCAACUUGUAGGCAAUCAUUGCUUGAACAACCUGAGACGACAUCCUCUGAUGAUGCAGGGGAUGUGGAAGCUGGAUUGAGACAACCUGGAACUGCACCAAAUGGACUUGAUGGUGUGCCUCAUGUUUAAGAGGCCAAUCUAAAAUUUAUAUUUUAUGGGUUCAAUUUAACAUUUUUACCACUGAAUUUAUAAAUUUUUUGAAAUUAUGGGUUCAACUUUAGUAUUGGUUUA